GUGAGCAGCGGGCCCGAGCCGCCGGCCGCCAUGGGGUCGCUGUUCCGGAGCGAGAGCAUGUGCCUGGCGCAGCUCUUCCUGCAGGCGGGCACGGCCUACGAGUGCCUCAGCGCCCUGGGCGAGAGGGGCCUGGUGCAGUUCCGAGACCUCAACCAGAGUGUCAGUUCCUUCCAAAGAAAAUUUGUUGGUGAGAUGAAGAGGUGUGAAGAACUGGAGAGAAUACUGGCAUAUUUAGUGCAGGAGAUUAAUAAAGCAGACAUUCCCCUACCUGAAGGAGAGACCAGCCCUCCUGCACCACCUCUGAAACAAGUCUUAGAAAUGCAGGAACAACUGCAGAAACUUGAGGUUGAACUGAGAGAAGUGACAAAGAACAAGGAGAAACUGAGGAAAAACUUGCUUGAACUGAUCGAGUAUACUCAUAUGCUGAGAGUGACAAAGACCUUCGUAAAACGCAACGUGGAGUUCGAACCCGCUUAUGAAGAAUUCUCUUCCUUAGAGACUGAAUCUUUGAUCGACUACAGCUGUAUGCAGAGGCUCGGGGCAAAACUGGGAUUUGUGUCUGGCCUUAUUAACCAAGGAAAAGUUGAAGCAUUUGAAAAAAUGUUGUGGAGGGUCUGCAAAGGGUACACCAUUGUAACCUAUGCGGAGCUGGACGAGCCCCUUGAAGACCCUGAAACAGGAGAAGUCAUCAAAUGGUAUGUGUUUUUAAUAUCCUUCUGGGGAGAGCAGAUUGGCUACAAGGUUAAGAAGAUAUGUGAUUGUUACCACUGUCACAUUUACCCCUAUCCAAACACCGCUGAGGAGCGGAAAGAGAUCCAGGAGGGACUGAAUACUCGGAUCCAAGAUCUUUAUACUGUGCUCCACAAAACCGAGGAUUACCUAAGGCAGGUGCUCUGUAAUGCUGCGGAAACGGUCUAUAGCCGCGUCAUCCAGGUGAAGAAGAUGAAAGCCAUCUACCACAUGCUCAACAUGUGCAGCUUCGACGUGACGAACAAGUGCCUCAUCGCGGAAGUCUGGUGUCCCGAGGCAGACCUGCAGGAGUUGCGCCGAGCCCUUGAGGAUGGCUCGAGAGAGAGCGGUGCCACAAUCCCCUCAUUUAUGAACACGAUCCCAACAAAAGAAACACCCCCAACUCUAAUCCGCACCAACAAAUUCACAGAGGGAUUUCAGAACAUUGUGGACGCCUAUGGAGUUGGCAGCUACAGAGAAGUGAAUCCAGCUCUCUUCACCAUCAUCACUUUCCCCUUUUUAUUUGCCGUGAUGUUUGGAGACUUUGGACACGGCUUUGUGAUGUUCUUAUUUGCCCUCUUGUUGGUGUUAAAUGAAAAUCAUCCCAGACUGAAGCAAUCACAAGAGAUCCUGAGGAUGUUCUUUGAUGGCCGGUACAUCCUCUUGCUGAUGGGAUUGUUCUCAGUGUACACAGGCCUCAUCUACAACGACUGCUUUUCAAAGUCCGUGAACAUCUUUGGCUCCGGGUGGAAUGUGUCUGCCAUGUACAGCUCAAGUCACGCUGCAAAGGAGCCUAAGAAACUGAUUCUUUGGAACAACAGUGUUGUCAGGCACAACAGGGUUCUGCAGCUGGAUCCAAGUGUCCCUGGAGUGUUCCAAGGCCCUUACCCUUUCGGUAUUGACCCGAUUUGGAACUUGGCCACAAAUCGUCUCACUUUUCUAAACUCUUUCAAAAUGAAAAUGUCUGUGAUUUUAGGAAUUAUUCACAUGACUUUUGGAGUCACCCUGGGAAUAUGUAACCACUUGCACUUCAGGAAGAAGUUCAACAUUUACCUGGUUUCCAUCCCGGAACUUCUCUUCAUGCUCUGCAUCUUUGGAUACCUUAUAUUCAUGAUCAUCUACAAGUGGCUGGUUUAUUCCGCAGAAACCUCCAGAGUUGCCCCUAGCAUUCUGAUUGAAUUUAUCAACAUGUUUCUCUUCCCAGCUAGUGAAACAGUUGGUCUGUAUCCAGGGCAGGCCCCUGUCCAGAGACUGCUGCUGGCGAUCACGGCGCUGUCCGUCCCCGUCCUCGUCCUGGGCAAGCCUCUCUUCCUGCUCUGGCUGCACAACGGGCGUGGCUGCUUUGGAGUCAGCAGGAGUGGUUAUACGCUUGUAAGGAAAGACAGCGAGGAAGAGGUCUCUUUGCUGGGAAGCCAAGACAUAGAAGAAGGAAGUAACCACAUGGAGGACAGGUGUCGAGAAGUGACCAACGAGGAGUUUAAUUUUGGAGAAAUAUUAAUGACCCAAGUGAUUCAUUCCAUCGAAUACUGUCUUGGCUGCAUCUCCAACACGGCUUCGUACCUGAGGCUGUGGGCACUCAGCUUGGCUCAUGCACAGCUGUCGGACGUGCUGUGGGCCAUGCUGAUGCGUGUGGGCCUCCGCGUGGACACCACUUACGGAGUCCUGCUCCUGCUCCCUGUCAUGGCUUUCUUCGCCAUCUUGACGAUUUUCAUCCUUUUGGUCAUGGAAGGGCUUUCUGCCUUUCUUCACGCCAUACGCCUCCAUUGGGUAGAAUUUCAGAACAAAUUCUACACAGGUGCAGGCACCAAAUUUGUUCCCUUCUCGUUUAAUCUGCUUUCGUCAAAGUUCAAUAACGACGACCUGGCAUGAUUGUACUGCGGCAACCAACAGACUUUCCGAUUUCUGGAGAAUUAUCAUGUUAUAGAAUCCCACCGUGUCAAAUGUAUGAUAGGAAGAUGUCCCUCUUCAUCUCUUGCCUUACGAUCUAGCCAGAUAAUUCUGUAAUAUAUACCUCUUCCUCACUUGGCAAAUAUUUUGUAAAGUUUACCCGUUUCAGAUACAUAAAUUUCUUUUGGUUGUUUUUAUGAUGAGCAAAUAUAAGUUGAUGCCAAAUGUUAUGUUAAAGUUAUUUUCAAAAAUACAGGAUUGGGGAAGAGAAACCAGUGUUGAAUGGCGAGUUGAAAAUGGCCUUAGACACUUGAUUCCUUUCACCACCUUCAAAAACAAAAGCGUUAUUCUGUCACUGAAGUUGUCAGGUCAUGUUUCCCGGUUGCUAAAGUUAAGCAUAGUGUUUUUAAAAUUUAAUGAUGGGUAAUCAAAAGAUUUACAUUUAUUCUGCUUGAUUAAAAAUAUGCAAACAUUUUUUAUCAUAUGCUACCUAGAAUUGCAAAUAGAGAAUUUUUUUUUUUUGCAAUUUUGUCUGUUUUAAUAACGGGAAAAAGGGAUAAAAUAACAUACAAAAAAUGGCUAUACCACUUAUAUAUUUUUUUAAAGACUCUUACCCUGUUAUCCUUACAGAAAACCAAUUAUGAGAAUUGUAUGUUUUAAAAGAUAAAUGGUAUACUGAGCCUUAAAACCCAGUGAGACUGUAGAAGGUAUAAUAGUGAUAUGAUUUGAACUUAGUGACCAGCUUGGCUGAUGCUGCUGAACGAAAAAGGUUUGUUCCGACCGAAGGAAAAGGAGAAAGUAGCAUUUUGUAUAUUUUUAAUAAAAAUAUGUAUAUAAAUUAAAGAUAUUUUACCAUAAAGAGAUGGCAUCUAUCCUUGAGAACAGUAUAAAUAACAAUUUUUUACUUUCAGACUAAUUCUAAAUAAAGGUCGGAUUAAGGUAUUUAGAGUUAAUUCAAACUUUCAAACACUGGAUGAACUGAAAAUUAAGCCAUUAAUUUAUACUCUUUAGUUAACUUUAUCUUUUCACUGGACAUUCAGUUUUGAGUAAGUCUGAUCCCUGUUGAACAAUGAAUACAAUGAUCUCUUCUGUAUUCUUGUAAACUGUUCAUUUUUCAUCUUUUAUUUUAAUUCUUUACAAAUUUUUUCAAGAUAAAGUCUAAGGUAUCUCCACAUGCUUACAGUUUUGAGUAACACACAGUUCCGAAGAGUAAAAGACCCACUUGUCACCACGAUUCUUUAUGCUGAUUGGUGGUUGAGUUCGGCACUUUGGCUGCACACCACGAUCCUGGUAGCACCGACUUUAAGCCUGUCCUUUGAGGUAACUUCAAAGCCCGUUUGCUCAGAGGCAUGGACUGAACGUUCAGGCCAGAGCUGUGACUCUAAAGUUAAACCUUCAUAUUUACAGUAAAGAUUUCUCACUGCUGCCUGCUGAGAUGUUAGCCAAAGCCAGUUUGGAUUUACGGCUUUCUGUUCCUCGUGUUAAAAUAUCAAAAAUACCAGUCAGAAGACAAUGCUGAUGAAACUUUUGAAAAUGAUUGCACUCUCAAAGUUCAGUUUCCCCAGAAAGGCAUAACACUGAACACGUCUUUCGGGUGGAUACCCAGCGUGGAUUAUGCUGUCAGGUUUCAGGCUGGCUUUUUACCUGCCGCUGAGAUCCCCUUGAAGUUGUCCAAGGAUCUGCUGUCAGAAUGGUGGUAACCGAAUCAUCUCUAGGAAACCCAGGAUUUCCAGGCACUACUAACUGAUGUUGAUGAGUCGGCAAGGGACACACUGUAUCCUCAGGAAGUGUGUGCUGCCCCCUACUGGUAACUGUCAUAGGGCUGUUUGUAAUCUAGGCACACCUCUCAGCAGGGCACAGAACAGAGAGCGAAGACCCACUUCUCAGUGGAAGUCUACUAGAUACUAGUUAUGUAGAAUGUAAUUAUGUUAAAAAAUGAACUAAUCCUCCUAACUUUUGUGAAAGAAGUCUGGAAAUACGGCUUGAGAGUGUCUUUUAGGCACCAGAGGAAAUUUUCUUUUUUUAUAAAAUUGUCAGUUCCAGUGUCAUGUCGCCAGAGAGGUUGCUCUGUUCUUGUUUUUUAAGCCGUUUGGUGGAACUAUUAUGUACACAGUUUUUAAGACAUACUUUUGUUUCCGUGAUGGCAAAUAUCGAGAGGACAAAUGGUUCGCUGUCUGCUUAGGUUCCUAAAGAGAAAGGUCAUGAUGGCCCCAUUUUUCAGUUUUCAUCCAGAUGCUUCCUGCCCUGGGUUAGUGGAGCCGGAAAGUAAAAACCCAAGGGAUUUAUUUGGUACCAUAGAAUUUGCUGUCAGCCUGCCAGGAUGGAGACUAUCCUAGGGGCGACGUAACUGUGAUUGGUUCAGGAGCGCAAAGGCUGCUCUGAGAGGUACCUUUGUGGACUCUCCAUCGCUGUAGGGCUUCGCAUAGUCUCAGCUCUCACGGAAUGCCUCUCUCCCCUCACAUCUGGAGUGGCAUUUUAUGACAACACUCUGGUCAUAAUUUUCAAUUGGCAGAAUUUUAAGGUGUAGAAUAUUUAUAGAAUAGGCAAGUGUUACGAUGUUCAUGAAUGUGAUAUUCAGACAUUUUAGGGCCUGACACAUUUUGGGAAACAAAAGCAAAAUAACUUCUGCUGCUGUCCUGCAGUCUGGAUUUAAAAACAAAUUUCUCUAUUAAAAAAAAAAUUUUUUUUUAAGCCAGGAUUAGAUGGAAACAAGGCAGUUUGGAGUAAUAGAGUUUGCCUACAGUGAGUGUAGAUCUAGAAUUUUAGGGAACACUUAGAACAUUCCACUUGUUCCUCAUGGGAAACGCCAACAAGAUGGCUGGUGUUUUUAGGGUCACCCUAGUGGUCUGGGGCUCAGAUCCCUGUGAGGGCAAUGACAGGGCAGGCUAGCAAUUUGGCUCUGCAAGUGCGUGAAAGGAAAAAUUUGCAUCUUCCUAUCAGUAUUGAACUUCUUUUUACUAAUGAAAAAUAAAUGU